AUGAUCUUUGGUCCCUUUGGCAAGGCCUGGCUUGCCAUAGUCAGUCACCUUUUUUUCUUUGCAGAUGUCUUGAGCGUAGUUCAAGGCUUCCCGGUUGAGUUCAAUCAUAGUGUUGCCUCGGUUGGUGUGGAAAAGCGCAAUCCGACUGCGGCCACAUGGACAUCCGCUGGAAAGUUUACUGGAGUCCGGUUGCACAGCUCGUGUGCGGGAAAGGAUAGCUUCUUUGAGGACGUAUUGAAUAAUAUGGUUACUGUUACUGGCAGUGCCAAAACAUCAAUUUCUACAAUCGAAAAGGCAAUGAGCAAAGAUCGCAAGAAAAUGCUUCCUACUGAAAAAUCAUACGUUGACCUUUAUCAAUCACUUUACGGAGAAUUCAAGCCUACUGAUAAAACCGCGGUCAAAAAUGCUAAGACCAAGUUGAAGUCACUGUCAAGUUUCGUGACCAAAUACAAUCAAGGCCUGUCCGGGAAUGCGUUCAAGCUGGACGUGUAUUGCGAUCAUACACAAUGGGUGACUGAUGGUACUAAGGAUAAAGCAGGAGAUUAUUGGUUCAAAUUGACUGGUGAACCACUGGCUAUAAUGACCGACAACAAGAACACGGAUAUUUGCAAAGAAGCCAACGGCGAUGAGAAUACCCUUGCUUUUAUGACCACGAGUCGAGGUAACGUCAAAGACUUCAUGACUGUGUGUCCCAGAGCCUGGAAGGCUUGGACAGGCAAAACUCUCAUUUCGCAGAAACAGGAGACUGUGAAAUCACUCCUAACCAAGUCCAUUGACGAUGUCUUGGACGCUACUCCCGAGAGUCUGUUUUUGCACGAACUAAGUCAUACAGAAUCAUACUUUAGUGCCAAAGGUAGCCUUGACGACGAAGACUUGAACAAUGGUGAAUCUGCCUAUGAAUGGGUCGCAAUCAACAAGCUUGCCAAGGAGGACAAAUACGAGACAACCAUAUCGAAAAUUCGUCCACUCAAGAACGCAGACACUUUGAUGUACAUGGUUUCUGGUCUCUACCUUAGUGAAAAGGCAAACUGGGGAGACGGUACUUGCAGAGACCCCAAGAAUGUGAACUAA